AUAAUACAGAAGGCCUUCUGAUAAAAGUCAAAACAACCGGAGCUAAAAAGCCUUUUCCUCCGUUCAAAACUAAACCAACAACCAUUGACAGCCGGCCUAUGUCGUAUCGUUGCGAACAUUCCCAUCUACCGCUCCUAAACACACCCAAAUCCAUCCCCAUUCGCGUCGCCGUUGCGGCAACGGCGAGCACCAGCGCCAGCUCUCCAUCCAGCUUUCUCCCCCAACGCAACGCAGCCGCCACCUCCAGCUUUGAUGACCUCUCCACACUGACGAGCCGAGAGAGAAACUAGUGCCAGAUGCGCUCACCAUGGGCAAGGCCGGUCGCGCUGAGCAGGCCUUCCCCAACGGUGCGCCGGCGACCAGGUUCAGCCGCUGCCGGUGUGGUGCAGUCGUCGGCAAGGUGGUCAGCGCAAAGUGCGCCUCCGUGCUGCUCCUGGCCGUCGGCGGCUUCCUCUCGGCCGCCUUCGUGAUGCUUCAUCUCCGGGCAUCAGGAGGCGGCGUCCCUGAUGACCCAGACAUACUCGCCGAAAUCGAGGCAGGCUUCAUUUUGUUAGUGCCACACUCACAGAUAGCUUCACAAGGCGGAACACUCGAAAAAGAGAUAUAUGACCAAAUAGGAGUGCCCAAUAGUAAGGUUUCAGUUUCUAUGCGUCCAUACAAUUACACGAACACCACUUACGUGAAAUUCGGCGUUCUUCCAGACCCAAGAAAUGCCUCCAUGAGCGUAAAAUCCAUCAACACACUGAGAACAUCUUUGAUAAGACUUACACUUCAGCAGCUGAAUUUAUCUUUGACACCAUCUGUUUUCGGAGACCCACUUUGCUUAGAGAUCCUGGGAUUCCCAGGAGGGAUUACAGUGUUGCUUCCACAUAAUGCUUCCCAUGCAGACUCAAUUCAGCCUAUCUUCAACAUCACAUUUGACUCGACAAUUCAUGAAGUAAGGGAAUUUCUUAAGGAGAUGAAGAAUGAGCUUGCAAUAAGAUUGCAGCAGACACCAGAUGAGGAAUUAUUUGUCAAGUUAACAAAUACAAAUGGUUCAACGGUUGCAGCACCAGUUACGGUCCAAGUUUCCAUUGCCCCAAUAGAUCGCAGCAAUUUUCUACAACCUUAUAGGCUCAAACAGCUAGCCCAAAUCAUCACAGAAUGGAGUUCAAGGAACCUUGGCCUCAAUACCUUAAUUUUUGGCAGAAUUAGGGACUUGAAGUUGUCCCCACUCCUAGAAGCUUUCAUUCCAUCCUGUGCUCCUAGCUUGCCUCCAAUGCCAACACCAUUCCCUUCCUGGCCUCCAAUAUCAGAGCGACCAAAAACCAAUGCAUACCGGGGACUUUCAUGCCCUGCUUUGGUGAAAAAACAAAAUGAAGCCACUCCACAUCGCAGGUUAAUGCGUGUAUCUCCGCAACUGUCAACAUGGCUUCACAGGAAAUACGCAUCUGAAGGCAAGAAAAACAGCAUUGCACUGGUAGCACCGACAUUCAUUGCACCAGUAACGGAAUCAAAAUGAAGUAAGUUAUUUUAGGUUUUAUAAAGACAGCCCUCAAAUUUAUUCAAUUUUUUUACAAUAUUGAUUUGCAUCUUGUUAAUGAAAAAAUCAUAGCAUAUCUUAGCAUCAUUGCAACUACUAAGCUUCAAACUGACUCAAAUUAGAGUGCACUGAACUACAUGGAUACAGGACUAUGGAUAUAUGCAUUUUGGUUGCUUGUCUGAAACUCUGAAUAUUGUUUCUGCACUGAAUGGUCUUUAGGUACUUCAGCAGUCAAGUAAAUUUCAAAGAUCUGGCGUGUCCACGCAGUUUAUACUACAGUAUGAUCCUUCGGAUGCAAUUUUCUUGUAACACCAAGGUGGGUAUGAAGUAGUUGUGCCUAGGCUAACAUUGUAAAAAAUCUCGGUCAAGUGUAAAUAGAAAAUGGGAAGUUAUUUACCAGAAAGCUGGAUAACUCCCAACCUCCAAGAAUGAUAGAGGGGCAACAGUGAUUAAAUUGCUUGCCCAUCUGUCAGUUAAAAUAACUUACCCAUUGCCCCAAGCAUCGCAUGAAGACGAUACUCAUCCAUGUUGGUUUACUAAUGAAUCUUGUUUCAGCACUGAAAAAUUUCUCUGUA